AUGGCUGAACAGCCCCAACCUACCAUCAAAACGAGGUUUCUCAUCAUCUCAGACACCCACGGCCGCAACUCCAUACCAUCAUUGAAUGAGCCGGCAGAUGUGGCCAUCCACUGCGGCGAUCUCACGAUGGGGUCCACCUUGCAAGAAUUCAAAGCUGCCAUCAACCUCCUGAAGCAGAUCAACGCCCCGCUCAAACUAGUCAUCGCAGGCAAUCACGACUUUACACUCGACCCCCUUGCGUUUGAGAACAAAAUCCGCGAAGCCCAGAGACUGCAAGAUAUCGACCCACUGCUAAUCGAGAAAGAGUAUGGCUACUGUGGGCAGGUUCGAGAACUAUUGGACCAUAUAGACGUGAAGGAGAAAAGCGGUAUCCGACUUUUGGAUGAAGGGACCCACUACUUGACCCUUCCCAACGGCGCGUCCUUAACAGUAUAUGCCAGUCCGUACACACCAUCGUUUGGGGAAUGGGGGUUUCAGUAUAGCUCACAUGAAUGUCACGAGUUUGCAAUCGGAAAUGUUGACCUGGUUAUGACGCAUGGCCCGCCUCGAGGCGUCCUGGACAAUACCAUCUCUGGCCGGCGGGCAGGUUGUGAGCAUCUCUUUGCAAGGGUUGCUCUAUCUAAACCGCGAAUGCAUUGCUUUGGACACAUUCAUGGAAGCUGGGGAGCCAAACUGGUUGCAUGGCGCAACACGAUUAGUGAGAAACCGUCCCAUCUGACUGAUAUCGACAACGGCCGAUCAACGGUAAUCGAGAAGCUCUCCAAUAUCAAGGCGAGUGCUCCCCGACCAUCUUAUAUAACCAGUCACUGUGCUGAUGAUGCAAAUCCCCUUCAACAUGGGCGUCACACUCUGUUUGUCAAUGCUGCUAUCGAAGGCUCCGAUGACUUUCCCUCCCACCCUGCAUGGCUCAUUGACUUAGGCCUCCAAAGAGCCCUUUGA